CUUUGUUAUUAUAUUAGUCAUACUUAAUGCUGUAUAUGUUGUUAAUGUAAUGUUUGAAUGCAGUGCUAGACUAAAGAUCAAACAUUGUUAAUAAUACCAUUAUAUUUAUUUGUACAGGAAUUUCCUUAAACAAAUAAAAUAAACUAGUCUAUUCUAUUCUAUUGAUUGAUACACUUUGAUGUUCAUCUUCAUCUUUAUCUGGAAGUCAUUGAGUUUUCCAGCAGGAUUUCGCUCCAGGUCAACUCAGCAGUAGCUGCAAAAGAACAUUCCAGAGUUCAUCUCUGCCUUGGAUUGGCCCUCAGAAAGCCCUGAUCUAAACCCACUAGAUUAUCGGCUUUGGUCCGAACUGGAGAGGAUGGCAUGCCAAAGCGCACAUAACUUGGAAAGCCUCAAACAAUCUCUGGUUUGAGCAGUUGGGCGCUUUCCUCAGGAAGUGCUACGUGCUGCUAUUGAUGACUGCCCACAGAGAUUAAAUGCCUGUUUCAAGGCAAAAGGACAUUUUGAGAGUGAUUUCAUUUCAACAUGAAUCAAUGGAUGCGAAACUCAAUCUUGUUGAAGAGUUUAGCUGGAAACAAAUUGAUUACGAUUUUGGCGGAGCACUUAAUAGAAAAGAAGCCAUAGAUAAUGAAGUAUAUAUACCUGGUGCAUCUAUCCCAACAGGAAUAGAAGUUUGGGGAGACCGAAUGUUCAUAGCAGUACCAAGAAUUAAAAGUGGAGUUCCAUCAACUCUUAAUUAUAUAAGUAUAUCAGAUGUCAACACCAAAUCACCUAUUCUUAUACCAUAUCCUUCACAAGACAUGAACAAUCUUCAAAACAAGUCUUCGAAAAAAGCUAAGAUGACUUCAAUAUUUAGCAUACGGACCGAUCCUUGUAAUAGAUUAUGGGCACUUGAUACAGGUGACAGUCAUGUCAGCAAGACCCUUGCUACUCAUACAGUAUAUGGACGAGAUAGCGGCAAUCUGCAAAAGGCGUUCCUGAGGUUGAGAAAUUUGCUUCCGGUGGUGAUCCAGUUUUUACUAUCAUUGCAGAUUCCGAAGAGAAGACACAGCAAACAUGAGAGUUUGGAGCAGGUGAAAAGUUUUGAAUACUUGGAUGCUCAACUAAGCGAAAGUGGAUAUAUCGACGAGGAAGCGCUGCAGCGUGAGGAGAGACUUCCUAAACCGAAGAGAGGUUACAAAGAAAACGGAGAUGGCAGAAUAGAUCGGUUUCUUGUUUUAACAUAUUCUUGUGAGUUUUAA